AUGCGAGACACUAUAGCCAAUGAAUCCCUUACCGUCUCUCGGAAACGAAUAAGCUCCGGCAGGGAUGAUACGCACUCACCUGCCAAGCGACGUGUUGUGACAACAGCGCGGAGGGAGCAGAAUCGAGUGGCGCAGAAAGCAUAUCGCGAGCGGCAAAAACAGGAACGAAAGAGACUCAAACAGCAAAAAGCCCAAGUUGGCGACAGACCUCGGCCGAGACCAUUACUGAAGCGCAGUGGUAGUUCAGAUUCCGAGCAUCAGGAAUCAUCUCAGAAGCUAUCGAACGAACCUGAAGCUACACGGUCAGACUCCAAUCAAGUGAUCGAUACAGUCCCUUCUCAACUACAUGACGCCGAAGAGAGUAGCGAGUCUGAGUUCCCAGAUCUUUACCUCAACAUGCUCCAAUUCUCAACAUCAGCCUUCUUCGCUUCAUGUCUCGCCAACGCCGUUUCACUAGGCUUCGACCUAUCUCGCAUCGCCAGCUGCAGCGUGGAAUGCGUGUCACCGUUCUACCAACCCAAUCUAUCCAUCACACAAGAUCACACCACUAUCGCACUAGCAGGUUCCGGCGUUCUAUCUUCUUACAACAAUACCGCCAUCCCCGUGCACUUACGACCUACAAUGGCGCAGAUUCUCCUACCCCAUCAUGUCAGCCUAGACCUUAUCCCUCUCCCAUUCCUUCGCGAGCGAGCCAUUAUGCUAUCCGCUGCAAUGCCGCAUGUUUUCAACAACUGGGAACUCAAAGUUGAUAUUUACGAUCGUGGUGGUUUGACAAUAUGGCGGUUGGACUCUUCGAAUCGAGGGAAAGGUGCGAAUGGUCGUGAUAGUUAUCCACCGUGGGAUAUGAAAAGUUGGGAGGCUGCGCCGUGGUUUCUGAAGAAGUGGUGUGUGCUGAUGGGGAGUAAUCAUGAUGAAUUGUAUAAUCAGAGUAUUGGGUGGCAGGUGGUGAGGGAUAUGAUAUGUUCCAGAGACAAACUUGUGCAGAACUGA